GCCCUGGGGUGAGUGACUGGGGGCAGCGGGGUGGGCCGGCCGGGGGCGGCAGCGGGGAGUUGAGCCCUCAGCCCUUUCCCCGACUGGGGGCUUGUCACCCCCCCAUCCCCUGGCUGCGCCCAGGGGCGCUGGGCGGGCCGGGCCUCCCCACCCCAGCUGCUGCCCGUCGAUAGCCGCGGCGGGGUGAUCGCUCGGCGGCGAUCGCACCUGCGGGCCCCGGUGACAGCCCGUGUGAUCGGCGCUGUACAGACUCAGCGCAGCGAUGCGCUGGCCCCGCCCCGGGGGCUCGCCGUAAGCGCUCGCUAUGGGCGCUGGGCGCUAGCCGGGGCGGGGCGGUAUCGAGGAGGGGAGGGUGCGGCGUGUUUAGUGUUUCCGUCUAAGCCCCUGCUCUUGGAGCUAAGGACAGCCCGGAAACGUGAGCCGGAGGCAACCGGAAGGACGGCAUGUAAAAAGAAUCCCAAAGGCGGUGUUUAAAGAACGUUGUGAUUUUUAAGUCAUUCUAAUGAUUUGGGCUCAUUACUUUUUAACUGGGGGGCUGGCAGUCCUGGAGAUGCUCCAGUGUCUCCUUGUAUGGGUGAGAGCGCGCCCCUCUGCGGCUGAGCCAAGCAUUCGGAAAGCUCUAGUCCCCUCGGCCUUUUAAAGGGUGACGGCUUAGGCAAGGAAUCGCGGGCUCCGUUUGUUUACGUUCUGGGUUUUUCGGCCUGUGUCGUAGGUACUAGGGAAGGGAACAGAUUAUAAUCAUAGAAUCUCAGGGUUGGAAGGGACCUCAGGAGGUCAUCUAGUCCAGCUCCCUACUUAGAGGAGGACCAAUCUCCAAUUUUUGCCCCAGUUCCCUAAAUGGCCGCCUCCAGGAUUGAACUCACAACCCUGGGUUUAGCAGGCCAAUGCUCAAACCACUGAGCUAUCCCUCCCCCCAAAUACACCCUAAAUACAGUCGCUGAAGAACAAUAGGAACUACAUAUGCAUGAGGGUGCUGAAUUCUGAAAACAGGGCAAAAUUGCAAACAUGUUAUUGGCAGCUGUAUCAUAGAAGUACCCACGUCUUCUGGUUCUUUGGCUUGUCUACCAACUGGAUUAUACUGCCAUAGUAUAUAGUUUAUGAAUGGGGUUGCUCCACAGAAGGAUAACAUCUCAUAAAUGGAAUCAAAGUAAGCUGCAAGGUUAGGAAAGAAUUGUGCAGUGCAUGCUCUUAGAAAACUUCCCAAAUGAAGUCUGUGAGACCUGAGACGAUGGAGACAUUGCCUGAACUCUAUGACAUCUUCCAAGGAGAGGUUGCUGCUGUAACAGAAUAUGGGGCAUUUAUAAAAAUUCCAGGCUGCAGGAAACAAGGCCUUGUCCAUAAAACCCACAUGUCAGCCUGUCGGGUCGACAAACCCUCAGAAAUGGUAGAUGUUGGAGACAAAGUGUGGGUGAAGCUUAUUGGAAGAGAGAUGAAAGAUGACAAGUUGAAGCUGUCUCUUUCCAUGAAGGUCGUCAACCAAGGAACAGGAAAGGACCUUGAUCCAAACAAUGUUGCCCUUGAUCAGGAUGAGCGGAAGAAACGUUCAUUCAGAGACUACACUAGUCAGAAGAUUACCCUGGAAGCUGUCUUGAACACUGUCUGCAAAAAAUGUGGUUGCAAAGGUCAUUUUGCCAAAGAGUGUUUCAUGCAGCCUGGGGGAACCAAGUAUAGUCUGAUACCGGAGGAGGAGGAGGAGACAGCAGAAUAUGAAGGUGAUAAAAAGUCCAGCCACACUGAGAAUUCUUCAAAAAAAAGGAAAAAGGAAAAGAAGAAGAAAAAGAAACACAAGAGCAAGAAGUCAUCAGAGUCCGACAAUUCAGACAGCACCGACUUGGACAGUGAUGGGGCUCAGCCAGCCAGCAAGAGGGCCAAGCAUUCGGAGAAAGCUAGUAAGCCUCAGAAAAAGAAGAAGAAAAAGAAGCACAAGAAAAAGCACAAAGAAUGAGAAGGAGAGGAGCUAGAAAGGGGCACUGGUGUUGUCAUCUCCCUGCCUGCCUGCUCUAGCCUUCUAGAGUAAACUAUCUGGAGAGAGUAGAGUUAAAUCACUACACGCUUGUUUCAGGGAUGAAGAGCUUCCUUCUUAAAGCAGCAUUCAGUCACUGAUGUUAAAGAUGUUGACUAUGAAAUUAAUUAUCCACUAUAAAGUUACACAGGCUGCCAUUCUCCUGCUGAGAGGCCAAUGGUUCUGCCUGCCAAAAUAGAUUAAUUAUACCCAUUCAUCAGUGACUCUCCCAUCCUGUAAAGCUUCACGUUCCUCUGAGUGAGCUGCCAGGGCUGCAGUGAGUUCCUUUGAAACGGCAAGGAGUGUGCAGGACAGCAGCAGCGUAUCCAGUGCCUGUCAAAGGGUGACAGCUGUGCCACUCGGGUUUGGUCCCUGCAAAACGUUAGAGGGAGCCACUCACACACCCUGUCAGCUGAUUGUCUAGUCAUGGGCACUGCCUCCCUGCUAAUUGUUACAGUUAUCACCCCUCUGCAUCUCAGUCCUGCUCUAUGCACUGUUUUUGUAACCAUGUUACUAUGUGGCUAGGGGUGUGAUUUUUGUUAGCAGUAGAGUUAUACUGGUGUAGCUCCUAGUGUGAACUCCGUUAUGCCCUUAUCAUAGGCGCUGACUGCACGGGUGCUCUGGGGCUGGAGCAGCCAGGGGGAAAAAAUAAUAGUGGAUGCUGAGCACCCACCGGCAGUCCCACAGAUCAGCUCCUUCCCCUCCCUCCCAGCGCCUCCCGGCCGCCGCGAUCGGCUGUUCAGUGGUGUGUAGGAGGUGCUAGGGGUGAGGGGGUGGAACGGGGCAGGAAGAGGCAGGGUGGGGUGAGGGCAGAGUCGGGGUCCAGCACUCCUGGGGAAAUCACAAAGUUGGCGCCUCUGGUCCUUAUACUGAUACAGCUUAAUCCCUUGCCAUGCAGGAAUGGCUGUACCAGUAUAAGGCAUCUUUAUAAGAAAGUACAUCCACAGUAGGGGGAUUGUAUUGCUUUAACUACACUGGGAUAAUAAAAGCAGAAAAGCUUUUGUGUGUAGACAACCCCUCAAUCUUGUCCAUUCUGCCUGCUAGCGGUGGCAGAGGGUUGGCAACAAAUCAGCUAAAUUAUGUUAUGGAGACACUCAAGGUGAACAUUAGCUUUGUCAGUAUUGCUAGCUGUGUAAAUUAUGAAAAAUAAACCUCUGAAAUGCUCAAUUA